UAUUCUUAUGACCCCAUUAUUAUAUCCACACUCUACACAACACAACAAAACCUCACUCUCUCUUUCUCUCUCUCUCUCUCUCUUUCACGAACUCACUCACUCAGUCGCUCACGCUCUGUUUCAGAUCUGAAGAAGCCACAUAACCCUAAGCUUCAAACGGGUAAGUGUCGCUGGGACUUCAAUGGCAGUGACCGAAGCUCAAAAUCCUCUUCUUGGAGAAAACACAUGUGGUUCCUUGUUAAAAAAGCUUCAGGAAAUAUGGGAUGAGGUUGGUGAGAGCGAUGAGCAACGAGACAAGAUGCUUCUUCAGUUAGAACAGGAGUGCUUGGAUGUGUACAAGAGAAAGGUUGAGCAGGCUGCAAAGUCAAGGGCGCAGCUACUUCAAGCUCUGUCUGAUGCUAAGCUUGAGCUUUCCACUCUUCUAUCAGCACUUGGAGAAAAGAGCUUUGCUGGAAUUCCUGAGAAUACUUCUGGAACUAUCAAAGAACAGCUUGCAGCUAUAGCACCAGUACUUGAACAGUUAUGGCAACAAAAAGAAGAAAGAAUUAAGGAGUUCUCAGAUGUACAGUCACAGAUCCAACAAAUAUGUGGAGAGAUAGCCGGGAACUUGAACCUUAAUGAUGUUUCACCUGCAGUUGAUGAGUCUGAUUUGUCCCUGAAGAAGUUGGAUGAAUAUCAAUCCGAGCUCCAAGAACUUCAAAAGGAAAAGAGCGAGAGGUUGCACAAGGUUCUUGAAUUUGUGAGUACGGUGCAUGAUCUAUGUGCUGUCCUUGGUAUAGACUUCUUCACUACUGUAACUGAGGUUCAUCCAAGUCUAAAUGACUCUACUGGUGUUCAAUCCAAGAGCAUUAGUAAUGACACCCUUGCAAGGCUGGCUAAGACAGUCUUGACGCUGAAAGAAGAUAAAAAACAGAGGCUGCACAAGCUCCAAGAAUUAGCUUCUCAGUUAAUUGAUCUUUGGAAUCUAAUGGAUACUCAUCCCGAGGAAAGGAGACUAUUUGACCAUGUUACCUGUAAUAUGUCAGCUUCUGUUGAUGAAGUCACUGUUCCUGGUGCCCUUGCUCUGGAUCUGAUUGAGCAGGUAGGUACUAAAGAACUUAUGAAGUUUACAGAUUCGAGUUCCAAGUAUGAUAUUAACUGUUUUUUUCCUUUAAUAAUAAAGGCUGAAGUGGAAGUUGAGAGACUUGAUCAGCUGAAAGCCAGCAGGAUGAAGGAAAUUGCUUUCAAGAAGCAAGCAGAGCUCGAAGAGAUAUUUGUCUGUGCUCAUAUAGAAGUAGAUCCAGAUGCUGCCCGGGAGAAGAUUAUGGCCUUGAUUGAUUCAGGAAACAUUGAACCAACUGAAUUACUGGCUGACAUGGACAAUCAGAUAGCAACAGCAAAAGAAGAAGCUUUAAGCCGAAAAGAUAUAUUGGACAAGGUUGAGAAAUGGAUGUCAGCAUGUGAAGAAGAAAGUUGGCUUGAAGAUUAUAAUCGGGAUGAUAACAGGUAUAAUGCAAGCAGAGGUGCACACUUAAACCUCAAACGUGCAGAGAAAGCUCGGAUAUUGGUCAACAAAAUUCCAGCUUUGGUCGAUACAUUGGUUGCUAAAACUCGUGCAUGGGAAGAAGAUCAUGGCAUGUCAUUUACAUAUGAUGGUGUUCCUCUUCUUGCCAUGUUAGAUGAAUAUGCCAUGCUCAGACAUGAACGGGAAGAGGAAAAACGGAGGAUGAGGGAUCAGAAAAAGCAUCACGAGCAGCGAAACACGGAACAAGAAACCAUCUUUGGUUCAAGACCCAGCCCUGCUAGGCCAGUUAGUUCCAGUAAGUCAGGAGGUCCUCGUGCUAACGGAGGAGCCAAUGGUACUCCUAACCGACGGCUAUCGCUUAAUGCUCAUAAAAAUGGAAACAGGUCCACAUCAAAAGAUGGAAAAAGGGAUAACAGACUAUCUGCUCCGGUGAAUUAUGUGGCCAUAUCAAAAGAAGAUGCUGCUUCCCAUGUUUCUGGUACUGAACCCAUCCCGGCAUCACCCUAAUGACGAGAUCUUCAUUUUCAACCCUAUAAUUUCAUCUUUGUAGCAUUGUCAAAUUACUAGUUACUGCUUUAGGAAUUAUAAUAUGGGAGUGACAAGUAAUUAGAGAGGAACUGUUCUGAGCUGUGUAUGUUCAAUUUGCCAUUUUGGAGGUUUUCUCAAUACAUAUGCCCUUUAAUAUGAAAAUAUACACAGUUAAGUCCUUGCCUUAUUCCAAA